UAACGUAGUUUUGGCUCUUUUUUUUGUUGUUAUCGUACCAGACAUCCCCAAUUCACCCACCUUUCUCUUGCAGUGUGUCUUGUGUGGGUUGGUUUGCACGUAACUACGUAUAUGUAACCAUAUCGUCGCAAUCUCUGGGUCAAAGGGCCCGAUUUCGAUUUGGGUACUGCGCCGGAAACCUCUGUUUUUGAUUUAUACGAAGGUCAUGAUGGGGAAGAAAAUUAUAGCGAUUUGUCAAUCAGGGGGAGAAUUUGAGACAGAUAGAGAUGGUUCCUUGUCAUAUAGGGCUGGAGAUGCUCAUGCCAUAGACAUUGAUGACCAAAUGAAGUUUAGCGAGUUUAAGAUAGAAGUGGCAGAAAUGUUUAAUUGUAGCAUUGAUGCCAUGUCUAUCAAAUACUUCCUUCCAGGCAACAAAAAGACUCUCAUAACAAUUUCCAAUGACAAGGAUCUAAAACGCAUGAUAAAAUUUCAUGGGGACUCUGUCACUGCAGAUGUUUAUGUCAUUAUGGAAGAUUUUGUUGCCCCUGAUGUGUCAAACUUGCCUGCUAGUAGGUCAAGCAGAACAACCUUGUCAGAAACUGUUCUUGCUGUUGAUGCCCCUCUUGCUGUUGUUGAUGAUAUUGUAGACGAUACCACCCAGCCCGAAAUCCCACUCGAUGCCCCUCUUGAUGUUGUAGAUGAUACCAACCAUGUUGACACUCAUAUUGAUAUGCCCGCUGAAAUUUCUCCCAUUUUCUCUAUUGUGGGUUCCAAUGAGGAGAAACAUGCUAAAGGUGCGCAGCAGUGGCAGAAUACUAUUACUGGUGUCGGGCAAAGGUUCAGCAGUGUUCAUGAAUUUCGUGAAUCACUGCGUAAAUAUGCCAUUGCGCAUCAGUUUGCAUUCAGGUACAAGAAGAAUGAUAGCCAUCGUGUGACUGUCAAAUGCAAAGCAGAAGGCUGCCCUUGGAGAAUACAUGCAUCAAGGUUGUCAACCACUCAGUUAAUAUGCAUUAAAAAGAUGAAUGCAGUGCAUACAUGUGAAGGUGCUGUUGCGACAACGGGGCAUCAAGCAACUAGGAGUUGGGUGGCUAGUAUUAUCAAGGAGAAGUUGAAAGUUUUCCCAAAUUAUAAGCCCAAAGACAUUGUCAAUGACAUCAAACAGGAAUAUGGAAUACAAUUGAACUAUUUUCAGGCAUGGCGGGGGAAAGAAAUAGCAAAGGAGCAGCUUCAGGGUUCAUACAAAGAAGCAUAUAACCAGUUACCAUUUUUCUGUGAUAAGAUAAUGGAAACUAAUCCAGGAAGUCUUGCUAAUUUCACCACUAAGGAAGACUCAAGUUUCCAUCGUCUCUUUGUCUCAUUCCAUGCCUCACUAUAUGGUUUUCAACAAGGUUGCCGGCCUCUCCUCUUCCUUGAUAGCAUACCAUUAAAGUCAAAAUAUCAAGGAAUGUUGUUAGCUGCUACAGCUGCAGAUGGGGAUGAUGGUGUUUUUCCUGUUGCUUUCGCUGUAGUUGAUGCAGAAUCUGAUGAUAACUGGCACUGGUUCUUGCUACAACUGAGAUCUGCCCUCUCAGCAUCUCGUCCGAUAACAUUUGUCGCCGACAGACAGAAGGGUUUGAGGGAGUCCAUUGCUAGUAUAUUUACAGGUUCAUACCAUGGCUACUGCCUACGGUACUUGACGGAGCAACUUAUUAGAGACUUGAAAGGGCAGUUUUCUCACGAGGUGAAGCGACUCAUGGUUGAGGAUUUUUAUGCUGCUGCUUAUGCGCCUACUCUCGAAAGCUUCCAAAGAUGUAUUGAAAGCAUUAAAAGUAUCUCUCUAGAGGCUUACAAUUGGAUUAUACAAAGUGAGCCCCAGAACUGGGCAAAUUCAUAUUUUCAGGGUGCCAGAUAUAAUCAUAUGACAUCAAAUUUUGGGGAGCUGUUCUACAGUUGGGCAUCAGAUGCGCAUGAACUACCAAUAACACAGAUGGUUGAUGUGAUAAGGAACAAAAUUAUGGAGUUGAUCUACACACGACGAGCAGAUUCCAACCAGUGGUUGACAAGAUUAACUCCAUCCGUAGAAGAAAAACUGAAAAAAGAAAGCCAUAAAGUCCAUUCUCUUCAAGUGCUUCUGCGAGCUGGUAGUACAUUUGAGGUUCGUGGUGACUCCAUUGAAGUGGUUGAUAUUGAUAAUUGGCAUUGUAGUUGCAAGGGGUGGCAGCUAACUGGUUUACCUUGCUGCCAUGCUAUAGCAGUUACUGGUUGCAUGGGCCGUAGCCCCUUUGAUUAUUGUUCCAGAUACUUCACGAUUGAGAGCUACCGAUUAACUUAUUCAGAAUCUGUACAUUCUAUUCCAAAUGUGGACAUGCCUGUACACAGAGAUUCUUCUCAACUCACAGUAACUGUAACCCCUCCUCCCACUCGUCGUCCACCAGGCCGGCCCACUACAAAGCGGCAUGGACCACAAGAGGUAGUGAAACGUCAACUCCAGUGCAGCAAGUGCAAGGGCCUUGGGCACAACAAGUCUACUUGCAGAGAGUUCAUUUAGAGUGUUAGAUAUUGAUUGCACUGAAAUUCCAUGGGCAUCAGAUUCUUGUACUUCUGACGAAUCUAGUGGAGGGACUGAAAGAUAAACCUGUACUUUUUCUUUAAAUAACCAAGCCACGGACCUGAUUUCUGUAACGGUAGUUUCUCUUGUUUAUUCAUCUGUUUUGCUAACUUUAAUCUUUGUUAGUUUAAAUGACAUUUAGUAACCAUGAAAUAAUAAUAUGAAAAGAAUGUCUUAGGGUUGUUUGAAAGGUUCGUUGAAGUCGGAGUCACCUUGCUGAUGUAAACAUCCAAGUAUUUUGGUUAUAUGGAAAAUAAGUUUUAAAGGCAACA